AAAAAAUUCUCAAUAGCCUUCACGAGAUGCUUCACCGUUUACAAACCCUGGCUCCAGAAUACUGUUCAUCGCCUCCACCAUCACCAUACUCUUCGCCUUCCUCCCCAAGCUGUCAAUUUCCUUUAACUCGUCUUUCUUGAACCCUUCUUUCUCUUUUCAAUUUAAAUUGCUUAGCCAACUCUAACAUCUUUGCAGUCUACCAAUGAUUAUAAGAAAGUUAGAAGUGUACUCAUUUGGAUAACAACACGUAUAAAAGAUCGAGAACGACUUACAUAUUGUUCGAACUCUUCCCGCUCAAUUGCUUGAACACAACUAUGAAGCACAAUGUCAAGAGGUUCAGUGAACUCCUUUACAGAAAGGUUUUAUCAAAAACUAAAUCCGAAAAAGAAACUGUUUAUUAGAUGUCAGAAGAUAAACUAGAAAAUCUAAAAAGAUAUGGUAAAAUAUUUGCACAAUAAAUAGUAAAAAAUAUGAAAUUAUGAUAAUUCUGACCCCUUAUUUCCAUAAUAUCAUGAAUAGGUUGCUGAUCACCCAUCUCCAGCUCUAUUGACUUCUCUAUUCCUUGAUCUUCAAAGCACAUUUCAGCAAGCCGUUUCAAAAACUUCCCACCAUCUCCUCUGUCAAGCAAAUGCAAUGCAUCCACAAACUAUUUGAUCGAGCAGGCAGCAGUCACUGUUCUCGAUAGAUGGGCGAUAACCAUAGAGGAUUUACUCGAGAAACAUAUCUAACCUUCACGGUGUAUGACUAUCUUGGUAUCGGUUGCGAUGCAAAAUUCACUCUUGAAAUUCACAAUCUCCGUGAAGAGAAUCCCGAGAAAUUUUACAACCAGAUGUGCAGUUGCAUGAAGGCGAGAUUUAUUGCUCUUUAGAAGAUGAGAUUUAUUGCUCUUUAGAAGAUGAACAACAUGAUGGAUUUCAACCCCAAACUCCAGCUAGGCCAGCAUACAGCUCCCAUAGAGUAAGCCAACAUUCUUUUGAGCUAGCAUCUAACGUUGGAUUCAAAUACAAUGAUCAAGAACAUGUAAAUACCUCUAAGUAUGAAGAUUUGCUUGAUAAAUGUUAUAGCCCAUAUGCUGAAAGAUACAGAAUGAAGAAUCUGAAGUUGCCUUUUGGUGAAAAAAAAAUCACAAGCGAACGUCCGAGGGAAUAUCUUUAUACUCUAAACUUUGUGAUUUACACAAGAGAAAGAGGCAAAUUUUUAAAGACCAUCCUCUGCCCACUUUAGAUACGGGAUCUUCCAUUCAUUCAGAAGGCAUUUCAGAGAGGACUAAGCCAACUGAAGAAGUAAUUUCAUUCUUUCCUGAGAUCAUGUUUCCAGCUAACUGUGUGCCUGAAAGUGCUCUCCCACUGUUAAUCACAGAGAAAAAACUCAAGGUUGAAGUUUAUGGUGCACUUGAUAAUUUACCAACAGUUAUAAGCCCAAGUCCAGCAAUGAUGGAAAGAUUUGGCAUAAGGCCAGAAUACAUUAAAAUGGGAAACAAAUAUAGGGGAAAAGGCGGAUCUGAAGGGGAUAAGAGUCCUCUUAGUCAGGAGCAAGCAUCUCAAAUGGCCCACAAGGCGGUAGCUCGUUUGUUCACAAGUGUAGGUUUUGAAGGUGGAACUGAAGUCUCAAUGAAAAUUUUCUCAGAUUUUUUUAGUAGCCAUAUCAGUAAGUUAGGACGCAACUUAAAGCUUCUAACUGAUAACUACAAAAAGCAAGUUUCAUCUAUAGAGCUUCUCAAAAUGUUUCUGCAAAUCUCAGGUCAUGGUUUCAAAGGCAAAUGCAUCCCCAAAUGAAUUUGCUUCACCCACAAAAUAUAGCAUUUCAGCAGCAACAACAGCAGCAGCUACAACAACAACAACAAUGGGAUAGGUUGAGGCGUCAACAGGUAUCGACGCGUGGUUCUGUGAUGAUUAUAGACAAGGAUCGGCCUAUGAAGGAUGUCAAAAUCGAGAAUAUAAUGGAAGGACCUAUCGAUACAAACAGUUUCAAUGCCCUCAAAAAACAGCAGAUGCAAUUGAGGCAACAACAGAUGGCUAUGGCAAAACAUCCGACACAAUUUGGACAGCAUUUUAAACAACUUCAGUCCAUUCAGAUUCCUCAACUUCAAGCACAGCUGGCUCAGAAUACAUUUAAUAUGAGAAAUGUUCCGGUUAAAGUAGAAGCUUUCCAGGAACUGAUGAGUGGGGAUUCAACACUGAAGCAUGAACCUAGCCCGAACAAACUGAACCCACAAAGAACGUGAUGAGAAAGUCUGAGCUGAAGCUGCAAACUGUGCUGAAGUUGGUUGCUUCUUUACGGGAGAUGCUUAAUCUGUCAAACCAGAGAUAUUUAAGUGAUAAGGAUACAAUUUUCUCUUUGGAUGACUUUGAAGGUCGAUGUGCUUUCGUCCUUGCUUACUUUUUAUUAAGCAUUUGAUCUCUUAAAUACCAUGCAAAUAUCGGUUAUAGCAUCAGAGAACUCGGCAUUUGAUAAUCACCUGAUUAUUUUGGUUGAAGUGAUAAAUUGAGCGAUGUAGAUCAUGAAAAGUGAUUUGUAUUGAACUAGAAUAAUGGCUUUCCAGGAAAAGCCAUUGUCCCCUCUUCCUUUAUUUAUUUAGUAGAAAAAGAAAUCAU